AUGGACCGCACAACGAUGACAGGCAAAAGAACAGCCCUCUUGGCUCUCGUCUCAGCUCUCGCGAGGACGGCCUGCGCCGCCUUGGUCUCGCACGACUUCGACAUCGGCUGGGUAACGGCCAACCCAGAUGGGGCCUUCAACCGCCCAACAAUCGGCAUCAAUGGGCAAUGGCCGGUUCCUCGCAUCGAUGCCAACGUUGGGGACACCGUCCUCGUCAACGUCCGCAACAACCUGGGCAACCAGUCGACGUCUCUUCACUUCCACGGCCUCUACAUGAACGGCUCAACGCACAUGGACGGGCCGGCCCAGGUCAGCCAGUGCGCCAUUCCGCCGGGCUCGUCCUUCACCUACAACUUCACCAUCAACCAGCCAGGCACGUACUGGUACCACUCCCACACCCAAAGCCAGUACCCAGACGGUCUCAGGGGACCCCUCAUCGUCCAUGACCCAGACUCCCCCUUCAAGGACCGAUAUGACCAAGAGAUCGUCGUGUCCCUGUCCGACUGGUACCACGACCAGAUGGCCGACCUCAUCCCGGCCUUCAUGGGCAAGGGCAACCCCACCGGUGCCGAGCCUGUCCCGCAAGCCGCCCUGAUGAACGACACGCAGAACCUCACCGUGGCCGUUCAGCCCGGCAAGACGUAUCUCUUCCGCAUGGUCAACAUGGCCGCCUUCGCCGGCCAGUACGUCUGGAUCGAAGGCCACAACAUCUCCAUAGUCGAGGUCGAUGGAAUCUACACGGAGCCGGCCGAGGCGACCAUGAUUUACAUCUCGGCUGCUCAGCGGUACAGCUUCCUCGUCACCACCCGGAACGACACCGCGUCCAACUUUGCCAUUGUCGGCAGCAUGGACACUUCCCUGUUCGACAAGCUCCCCGCGGGCCUCAACUACAACGUCACGGGCUGGCUCGUCUACGACCCCUCCAAGCCCCUCGACCCGCCGGCGACGCUCGACACCUUCACCCCCUUCGACGACAUGACCCUCGUGCCCCAGGACAGGCAAGCCCGCCUUCCGGCGCCCUCAAAGACCAUCGAGCUGGACGUCAUUAUGGAAAACCUUGGCGACGGCGGCAACUACGCCUUCUUCAACAACAUCACCUACAAAGCGCCCAAGGUCCCGACCCUCUACACGGCACUCUCCGCCGGCGACGCCGCCGCCGUGAGCCCCGAGAUCUACGGCGCCUACACGCACAGCUUUGUCCUCGACCGCGGUGACAUCGUCCAGGUCGUCGUCAACAACCUCGAUCCGGGCCGCCACCCCUUUCACCUGCACGGCCACGACUUCCAGGCGCUCUACCGCGCUCCCGAGGAGGGUGGCACCUUUGCGGACGCCAACCUCACCGAGGUCGACUUCCCCGCAGUGCCCAUGCGGCGCGACACGCUCGUUGUGUGGCCCAACGGGAACAUCGUUCUGCGCUUCCGGGCGAACAACCCCGGUGAGUCCCUCCCCCCCCCCCCCACGUUCGGUCUUGAUCUGACCUCAUCUUCAACGUUAGGCGUCUGGCUCUUCCACUGUCACAUUGAGUGGCACGUAACAUCGGGCCUGAUCGCGACCUUCGUCGAAGCGCCCCUGGACCUCCAAAGGACCCUGUCAAUCCCCCAGAACCACCUGGACGUCUGUGCGGCAGCCAACGUCCCGACUGCCGGCAACGCGGCAGGAAACACCAAGAACUUCCUGGACCUGAGCGGGCAGAACACUCCGCCGGCGCGUCUUCCAGAUGGGUUCACCGCACGAGGAAUUGUAGCCCUUGUCUUCAGCUGCCUGACGGGCAUUCUCGGCGUUCUGGUUGUGGGAUGGUACGGCCUGGCUAAGGUAGAGGAAGGUCCUUCUGCAGUUGGAUAUGCGGACCAGACAUCGGGCACCGUCGCGGUGGCGGAGGGGCACACCGGUGGUGCUCGGCACAAAGAGCCGCCCAUGGUCGAGUCCGUGUCCGGCGGGUCGGGUGUCGGUCAAGCUUAA